AUGCCUUUGCGACAUAUGACCCCUAGUGGACAUCAAAUUUACGAAAGUGUGCAUCAUCCCCGCCGCGGAAUCGAUGCAUUCCUUGCACUUCAUGCAGGGGAGUACGAGCAUCUGUCCAAAACUGCAGAGCAAUACCAGAUGAUUUUGAGGAAGACCAGUGAAAUGCGAAUCGGAUUCCUCGUGGAGCAGAGUGCUGAGCGGCACUUCGCGAGCGCUCUAGGCUUAGGGAUCUAUUUGGUCCUCGCCAUCGACACCUCAUAUGCGAUGGCAGCAGCUGUCACGAUUCGCAGCGCCAUCGAGAAGACCACGGGGCGUAUGACAAUUUAUAUCGUAGACUGUGAUAUUUGUGCUGAAGACAAAGAAAAGAUCAAAUCGUCGCUUCCCAAACGACACGAUGUCACCCUAGUAUUCCUGGAUCUUCCAACUGGGAGUCUAGCUGCAGAACUGGGCGUAGCGUGGGCGAAAGUUGAUAUGAUGAAGAUCCUGCCAGUAGAGCAGGCUUUAUACCUGGACGCAGACAUGCUGGUGCGCAGGAGUCUGGAAGAGUUGUGGAACACCACCUUGGAGGGCUCCUCGAUUGGUGCAGCGAUGGAUGUUGGAUUCCCAAUGGGCCAUGAGGGCGUCUCACGAAGGCGGUACUUCAACGCAGGCAUGCUCCUGAUUGACCUGGCAGAUGCAAGAACGCAUCUGUCUGAGCUUGCAGCUCGGGGACUCGGAACCUACGCAGAGAUUAGCUCAGCUGAUAGAGAUAUCCCAGCAUUGGGAGACAUGAAGGGUCCUGGAGUGUUGCAUUUCACAGGACCAGUUUAUCCCAGUCUUGUGGUGGUGCUCAAUCCAUUCGUGCAGCCUUACACAUCCAAACCUUGGGGUUAUGCUGGCGCACCAGGACACCCAUUCAAAGACGAAUGGCGGGUCUCAUUGAACGAGACGGCAUGGGCAGGGUGGCAGGGUGGCAGGGAUCGACACAAUACCAUGAGAUGUUGUGAAGGAGAGAAACAGAAAGCGAUUCAAGAUUCAAUUAAGAAGUUCGAGACUCGAUCGGUCGCAGUUAUGACAAAAGAUGAUCUCGAGGUCUUAGCAGUGGUUCGGAAUUUCUUGUCCAAAUCACCAUCGGUCGCCCCGCCCUCUGCUGCUACCGCUACUGUAAGAACAAACCUUACCCAAAUCGCGGCACAAUCCAUGGUAUCAAGGUCAGAAUUUUCGACCUCGGCCGGAAGCGUGCCUCUGGAUGUGUUCCCUUUCUUCUCUCGUCUCGUCUUCGAUGAGUAUGAGGAGCUGAGUUCCGAGGCGGCUGAAGUAGCUCGCAUCUGCGCCAACAAGUCCGUGACCAAGACAUCAGGCAAGGACUCAUUCUACAUGCGUGUCCGAGUCUACCCAUUUCACAUCAUCUUCAUCGACAAGAUGUUGAGUUACGCGGAUGCUAAUAGGUUCACGACUCGGGCUUCAUGCUGGUAUACGCGGUGCUGGGGGAAGCUUUACGACACUGUCGCGCGGGUAAACAUCGGGGAGAUCAUCCUCCCUAUCUGUUACAAGGAACUGAAUGCUGCGGUCACACAGGAAGCUCUCCGCCGUGCACGGUACAAGUUCCCAAGCUAGCGAAAGAUUAUUGUGUCGAAGAAGUGAGGCUUUACAAAUGUGGGGCGUGUGAUGACUACUUGAACCUUCAGGAGGAGAUAAGAUUUUUGAAGUGCGUAUCAUUGUAUGCGGUUAUCUGGGAUAUCUUAAAUUGAUGCAUAUGACGUUCAGGGAUGGAGCUCAUUUGAGUCAGCUGGGCCCGUCGAAGCAGGAUUUGUGUGCACGACUCGAAGCUUAGAUAUGUGGUGAUAUCAUUCACUCACACACCAAGGACAUGGCGCGGUUAAUUGACAAAGUACUUGACUUUCAGACUGCCCUUUUAUUCACUACAUCAUCCAAUGUGGGUGAUGGUUAGGGGAACGAGGGCAAAUAUCAAAAACCUAUAUGCAUAUGCGAGGAUUCGUUAUGUGACACAAACUGGAGGGUGUUUGUUGUUGUACUGCAUUGUAGGAACAGGUACUAUCGUGCGAUUUGUAAUAUGAAAUGAGUGGAGUUACAUAAACGUGGAU